AUGGGGUGCCGCUGCUCACGAGUCUCCCUCUGCUUUGUUUCACAGAGUGACUUGUGGUCUUUGGGGAUAACAGCCAUAGAGAUGGCCGAAGGCGCUCCCCCUCUCUGCGACAUGCAUCCCAUGAGAGCCCUGUUCCUGAUCCCCCGCAACCCGGCCCCGAGGUUGAAAUCCAAGAAAUGGUCUAAAAAGUUUCAGUCCUUCAUUGAGAGCUGCCUAGUGAAGAACCACAGCCAGAGACCGACGACCGAGCAGCUGAUGAAGCAUCCCUUCAUCCGGGACCAGCCCAACGAAAGGCAGGUUCGCAUCCAGCUCAAGGACCACAUCGACAGGACGAAGAAGAAGCGAGGAGAGAAAGAUGAGACAGAGUACGAGUACAGUGGAAGUGAAGAGGAGGAGGAGGAAAAUGACUCCGGAGAGCCCAGCUCCAUCCUGAACCUGCCCGGCGAGUCGACGCUGCGGCGGGAUUUCCUGCGGCUGCAGCUGGCCAACAAGGAGCGCUCGGAGGCCCUGCGGCGGCAGCAGCUGGAGCAGCAGCAGCGCGAGAACGAGGAGCACAAGCGGCAGUUGCUGGCCGAGCGGCAGAAGCGCAUCGAGGAGCAGAAGGAGCAGAGGCGGAGGCUGGAGGAGCAACAGAGGCGGGAGAAGGAGCUGCGGAAGCAGCAGGAGCGGGAGCAGCGGCGGCACUACGAGGAGCAGAUGCGCCGGGAGGAGGAGCGGAGACGGGCCGAGCACGAGCAGGAGUACAAGCGCAAGCAGCUGGAGGAGCAGCGGCAGGCGGAGCGGCUGCAGCGGCUGCUCCGGGAGAAGAAGCCUCUCUACCAUUACAAGGAGGGCAUAAAUGCCAGUGAGAAGCCAGCGUGGGCCAAGGAGGUGGAGGAGCGCUCCCGGCUCAACCGUCAGAGCUCGCCGGCCAUGCCGCACAAGGUGGCCAACAGGAUCUCCGACCCCAACCUGCCUCCUCGCUCUGAGUCCUUCAGCAUCAGCGGGGUGCAGCCCGCCCGGACCCCUCCCCUGCUCAGACCCGUGGACCCGCAGAUUCCACAUCUGGUCACUGUGAAAUCCCAAGGAAGCUCCUUGUCUGGCUCUCAGUCCCUGCAUGAACAGCCUGCCAAGGGGAUGGCUGGGUUUCAGGAGGCUCUGACGGUGGCCUCUCACCGCCCCGAGAUGCCAAGGCAGAACUCGGACCCCACCUCAGAAAACCCUCCUCUGCCCCCUCGCAUUGAAAAGUUUGACCGAAGUUCUUGGUUACGGCAGGAGGAAGACAUCCCGCCAAAGGUGCCUCAACGAACCACUUCCAUAUCCCCCGCUCUGGCAAGGAAGAACUCCCCGGGCAACGGCAGCGCACUGGGACCCCGACUGGGAUCCCAGCCGAUCCGUGCGAGCAACCCGGACCUGAGGCGCACGGAGCCCAUCCUGGAGAGCCCGCUGCAGCGCACCAGCAGCGGCAGCUCCUCCAGCUCCAGCACUCCCAGCUCCCAGCCCAGCUCCCAGGGCGGCUCCCAGCCCGGCUCCCAGGCGGGCUCCAGCGAGCGCAACCGAGUCAGAGGAAAUGUCAAGCCAGAGGGGUCACCCGUGCUCCCGCAUGAGCCUGCGAAGAUAAAACAGGAAGACAACCGAGACGUGACGCGACCAAGCCGACCUGCUAGCUAUAAGAAAGCUAUAGAUGAGGGAGAAAUGGAUCUGACGGCCUUGGCCAAAGAGCUGAGGGAGCUGCGCAUCGAGGAGACCAACCGCCCUCUGAAGAAGGUCACUGACUACUCCUCCUCCAGCGAGGAGUCCGAGAGCAGUGAGGAGGAAGAGGAGGAUGGUGAGAACGAGGCGCAGGAUGGCACCGUGCCGGUCAGCGACAUUCCAAGGCUCAUACCCACAGGAAUUCCUGGAAGCAAUGAGCCAUACAACCUGGGCAUGGUGACGACCCACAAUCUGGAGACAUCCCAUGCAGAUACGUUUAGCAAUAUUUCAAGGGAAGGGACUUUAAUGGUGAGGGAGACCUCUGGUGAAAAAAAGCGCUCAGGCCACGCGGCCAGCAAUGGCUUUGCAGGCCACAUCAAUCUGCCUGACCUGGUGCAGCAGAGCCACUCGCCGGCGGGCACGCCGACCGAGGCGCUGGGCCGAGGCUCCACGCAUGCGCAGGACAUGGACUCGGUGCCUGAAUACGGUAUGGGAAGUAGCACCAAAGCCUCUUUCACGCCCUUUGUGGACACCAGAGUGUAUCAGACCUCGCCUACUGAUGAAGAUGAAGACGAAGAUGAAGAAUCAUCUGCUACUGCACUGUUUACCAGUGAACUGCUCAGACAAGAGCAGGCCAAGCUGAACGAAGCGCGGAAGAUCUCCGUGGUGAACGUGAACCCCACCAACAUCCGCCCCCACAGCGAUACCCCCGAGAUCAGGAAGUACAAGAAGCGCUUCAACUCGGAAAUCCUCUGUGCUGCUCUGUGGGGUGUGAAUCUCCUGGUGGGCACGGAAAACGGCCUGAUGCUGCUGGAUCGAAGUGGACAAGGGAAGGUCUACAACCUGAUCAACAGACGGCGAUUUCAACAGAUGGACGUACUAGAGGGCCUUAACGUCCUUGUGACAAUAUCAGGAAAGAAGAACAAGCUGCGCGUGUACUAUCUCUCCUGGUUGAGAAACAGGAUUUUACACAACGACCCCGAAGUAGAGAAGAAGCAGGGCUGGAUCACAGUCGGAGACUUGGAGGGCUGCAUCCACUACAAAGUUGUGAAAUAUGAAAGAAUCAAGUUCUUGGUGAUUGCCUUAAAGAAUGCUGUAGAGAUAUAUGCUUGGGCUCCUAAACCGUAUCACAAGUUUAUGGCAUUUAAGUCUUUUGCAGAUCUCCAGCACAAACCAUUGCUUGUGGAUCUCACUGUAGAAGAGGGACAGAGACUCAAGGUUAUCUUUGGAUCACACACUGGUUUCCAUGUGAUUGAUGUAGAUUCUGGGAACUCCUACGAUAUCUAUAUACCAUCCCAUAUUCAGGGCAAUAUUACUCCUCACGCCAUUGUCAUCCUGCCUAAAACAGACGGGAUGGAGAUGCUUGUAUGCUAUGAGGAUGAAGGGGUAUAUGUGAACACCUACGGACGGAUAACUAAAGAUGUGGUGCUCCAGUGGGGAGAAAUGCCUACUUCUGUGGCCUACAUUCAUUCCAAUCAGAUAAUGGGCUGGGGAGAGAAAGCUAUUGAAAUCCGGUCAGUGGAGACAGGACACUUGGAUGGAGUAUUUAUGCACAAGCGAGCUCAAAGGUUAAAGUUUCUCUGUGAAAGAAAUGAUAAGGUGUUUUUUGCGUCAGUGAGAUCUGGAGGAAGUAGCCAAGUGUUUUUCAUGACCCUCAACAGAAACUCCAUGAUGAACUGGUAACCGAAGAGCAUGGGGCGCUUACCGUCAUGGCAUUAUUUCUAAUUUAAAGGAUAUUGAACACGCGGACUAA